AGGACCAGGCGUGAUCCAACAGGAGGGGGGGAUAUUUAUAUAUAUUUUUUUAAAUUAUUCUCUGCUGUGAAGAGGAGGAAUUGUCGUCAUCCCCCCUCUCCCCAACCAUCCUUUUUUUUUUUUUCCUUUCUCUAGUGCCCCCUCCUUUCUCCUCCGCCUCCACUCACAUUUAUCCCCCCACCCCAUCCCUUCAUUCUUCUAGAGGAGCUCCUUAGAACAUCAAACCUCCAUGUAUGACAAUUUGUACCUGCAUGGAUUUGAAGACUCGGAGGCGGGCUCAGCAGAUUCAUACACUAGCAGACCGUCAGACUCAGAUGUAUCUCUGGAGGAAGAGCGCGAGGUGCAGGCCCAGGUCCAGAGCCAGAGCCCAAGCCAGAGCCAAGGACCGGGACAGAGCCGACAGGAGAGGGAGCAGCAGGCCGCCGUCCAGCUGGAGAGAGCCAAGGGCAAACCUGUGGCAUUUGCUGUAAGGACCAACGUCAGCUACUGUGGCGCCCUGGAUGAGGACGUUCCCGUACCGGCCACAGCCAUCUCUUUUGAUGCCAAGGACUUCCUCCACAUAAAAGAGAAGUUCAACAAUGACUGGUGGAUCGGCCGCUUGGUAAAAGAGGGCUGCGAGAUCGGCUUCAUUCCCAGCCCUCUGAAGCUGGAGAACAUCCGGCUCCAGCAGGAGCAAAAAAGAGGACGAGUCCAAGGUAAGUCUGGAGGAAACUCCUCUUCCAGUGUGGAGGAUGAGGUGUCAGCCUCUAUCCGACCACUCAUAUCCUCAGCAGGAAAGCAGAAACAGAAAGUGACGGAGCACAUCCCCCCGUACGAUGUGGUCCCCUCCAUGAGGCCCGUGGUGCUGGUGGGACCCUCGCUCAAAGGUUACGAGGUGACGGACAUGAUGCAGAAAGCCCUGUUUGACUUCCUCAAGCACAGGUUUGAUGGCAGAAUAACUAUAACACGGGUCACUGCAGAUAUCUCAUUGGCCAAGAGGUCCGUUCUCAACAACCCCAGUAAGCGCGCCAUUAUUGAGAGAUCCAACACUCGCUCCAGUUUAGCGGAGGUGCAAAGCGAGAUUGAAAGGAUCUUUGAGUUGGCGCGCUCCCUUCAGCUGGUUGUGCUAGACGCCGACACCAUCAACCACCCGGCGCAGCUCCUCAAGACCUCGCUGGCGCCCAUCAUCGUCCAUGUCAAGGUCUCCUCGCCAAAGGUUCUUCAGAGGUUAGUCAAGUCCAGAGGAAAGUCCCAGAGCAAACACCUCAAUGUCCAGCUUGUGGCAGCAGAAAAACUGUCUCAGUGUCCACCGGAAAUGUUUGACAUAAUACUGGAUGAAAACCAGCUGGAGGACGCCUGCGAACAUCUCGCCGAAUACCUUGAGGCCUACUGGAAAGCAACUCAUACCUCGAUGGCAACGCCUCUAAACCCUCUGAUUGGACGCAACCUGGGCUCCACCACGCUCACUCCCUACUCCACCAGCAUCUCUGGUCUGCAGAGCCAAAAAAUGCGACAGAGCAACCACACGGGAGACCACUCCACCGCGAAUGAGCGCCGCAACCUCAUGACGUCCGACGAAAACUACCACAACGAGAGGGCGCAUAAAGGACGCAACCGCAUGUCUUCUGGCUCGCAGCACAGCAGAGAGCAGCAGGACCCCUACCAGGACUACCAGGACCCCUAUCAGGACUCCUACAAGCCCCAUCGCAAUCGAAGUUCGCCGGGCAGCUACAGCCACGAUUCCAGGCACCGGCUCUGAGCCCGCUUCUGCCGCCGCCAGGACCCUACAGACCCAGGUUCCACUGAAAAUAAACCUAGAUGGUCCCCAAAUUGUACCCUUUUUCUUUUUGGUCUGCCUGGCCAUUUUUCUCUUCGAAAGUUGAAUAGAAUACUGAUCAGGUAUUUGUUUUUAAUCAAACUGCCAAUCAAAAGCAUGAAGACGUCAGAAGAUUCUGAAUGCCAACAAUAAUUAACACUAAAAUUCCUUUUUGUCUUUCGGGGAUCUUCUUGGAUUGUACUAACACGACGCUCGGCAGAUGUGCAGCCCUGGAUUUUGCUUGUUGCGUCUGUCAACAAGCUAGUUUCAGAUACUGGUCAGAGGUUGAUGUACAGGCACCGGUGCGCCUGGAGUACCACACCAAGUUGGAGGGACGUCCACUGCACACAGACUGCUGCAAGGCUGCUGCCCCUAUUCCGGGGCUGUGUAUAAAUCCUCUCACCAUUUAGCAUAUUGCAUGCCAAUAGUUGGUCAACCUCCGCAUCCACUUAGCUAAUAUUUUGUACCUAGCAUUCUGGAUAAGGUUCAACUCCAAUUUUCUAAAUCACCUGGUGUGGAUCAGCAGUUAGGGGUGGAGGGGGGGUUUAUGGUCCAGUGUUGCAGACAUCUUUGAAAACUGGUGCUUCACGUUCCCCAUCCCCCAUAUCCCUAAACAUUUCUUUGCUAUUUGCAAGUCACUUUGAGCAAGGCCAGCUUUUCUGUAGCAUAGCUUUAGCAUCUCAUUAAGGGGGUAAAAACCCUCACGGUUACAGAGGGGAACAGAUGCUGAUGGUGCUGAGAUCAGAUCCGAGCUACACUUUACGAGUUUCAGCUCUGAACAGGUAGCAUAGAGGAAGCACUAUCUGUGCGUGUGUGUGUGUGUGUGUGUGUGUGUCUAGGAUCGUAAACUACAAUAUUAAAGACACUAUCUGAUGUGUUUUUAGUGCUGUUUGUAUGAGGGUGAGACUCUCUAAAGCAAGUCAGGAUGUUAAUUACAGUCAAAUUACAGUAUCAUCAGCAUCUAUAGAGAUUUUUUGUGGUUAUUUUUCGCAUAACUAUACAUCUAUCAGUUUAUUCCUAUAAAUUUCUCUUGAAAAGGGGGUUAAAGCAAUGACAAUUACCGUGUCAGGAUCAGUGGUGUUGCAUUUAUUUCAUGUGUAGCUGGCAUGAUAACAUGACUGCAGAGCAUGCUCCUUACAGAUGUGCAAUAAGAAGAACCCCAGUGUAAUCAACCCCGAUAUUUUUGUUCAGUACGCGGCAUCUACCACUGAUAAAAAAAAGAAAAAGAAAAGGAUUGAGCAUAAAGACCCAAACUGCAGUGCAGCUGAAUACUUUCCCCAAGAUCUAUGAAGUUUGCAUCUCGGCUGAUGAAAAAUGGUAUACAGGACAAACAUAUGAGGAUGUUGCAUGAUGUGAAAUUGGAGCCACCACGAUCAUAUGUUUCUGCUUUUUAGAAAUCUCACUGAGGCAUCGGAUUCACGGAGUUUACUGAACCCCCAUAUGGUGCUUUGUGUAAAUACAGAGAGCUGCUGUUGUUCCUGAUUAUGUUCAAUAUCCUGUUGUUCUGAUUUGCUCUACAUAUCGUUUUCCUUUAGCUUAACUUAUAUGGAAAUGAUAGCUUGUUCAAAGGACUGCUUGAUGAGAUUUAUCCAUUUUUCUCGUCACAUUCUUAUGGCAAUGUGUCCAAUUUGCUGCUUAGGCCUUUUUUUGUUUUUAACAGAACUUAUAUACAGGGCGGUUAAAAUGUACUUGCCCUCUUUUGUUCUUGCUUUGUCACAAUUAGGUGUUCUAGAUCCAAUUUAAAACUCAGACAGAUCAACAGAGUAAAUGGAAAAUUAAAUUUGCAAGUUUUUUUUAAUUAAAGCAAAAAAACAAAAAAAAAACAGCCAUCGAAAAAAAUGGCUUUCAAAACAAAAUUAAAUCAAUGCAAUAACUGGCCAAGAUUAAACCUUCACAUGACAGCAGCAAAGGGAAAAAAAUGCUUCCAGUUGUGUCAGUAUAAGUGAUGUGUUGAGAUUUUAAACUUCCCUUCUCAUCAUGAUGGACCUUUUCCGUCUGAGCUCUGCUCUAUAUACUGAUUUCUGAGUUGUUUAAGAGAUCGAUAAUAAAAAAAACUUCACUUUAAAGGUGCAUAGCCAUGUUAUUUGACUUUUUAUUCAUUUAUGCGUCAGUAGCUCACUGUGGUUGCAUACGAUGUUUUUAUGAAAGAUUAUCACAUCCUGCUGGCGAAUUAGUUGUUAUUUUGCCGUUUUACACUUUUUGGUCAAUUUGAUAGUAAAUAAAGCCUCGUGUUCAUUUUUAAUAACAGAGGAAGUAUGCGCAGCAAGGGAUAAAACAAGAAAGAGGCUCAGAAGUGACCACAGAGUUGAUUGACAUGAGUAAACGUUUUGAUAUGUGGCUCUUAAAGUUGCUGUAGAUCGGUUUAUUUAAUUAAGAUCGGUUGGUCUUCGGUCAUGUCGAGCUGCUGCUUUACUGCGAGGUAUUGCAGAGGAUCAGGCUCGGUCCUGCAUCAUUUAUGAGUGAUUUAAUAAUCAAGCAAACCGGCAUUAUGAUAGUUCUGCAAUACUGCAGGUAGACGGCGGCACAUCUGUUUAUAUCUGCUCAUCCCGCCUGGCGCUGGAUUCUUUCUAGCCUCAUAAAUGACCAUCAAAUCACUAUCAGGAUGGAGGCUUGGUGUAUAUAGCUUAAUUUCAUCAUGAUCAAACGGUUUUUGGUCUUUUUUUU